AAUAAAGAAGAUCUGGCCAUGUGAUAUUAUUAAUCUAUUGGCUUCCUCAUGUUGCAAAGACAUAUAUUCUCGCACGGAUUCACUCCUCCGCUAGUCGCAUUGCUGAUUGCAGUUUUGAUCGUGAACUUUUUGCACACUGGAGUGCUGGCAGAGCAACAGAGAUGCCACCAACUCGGCAGUGUUCGACAAGGAGUCACUUUGACUGUAAAGGACAGCAAAGCAAAGCACUUGCUAGGCCCUGCCAAGUCGCUCAAAGACUGUAUUGCCUUGUCUUGCAAAACAAGCGAUGCAAAUUACGCAGUUCUUGAGGAUGGAAAGUGCCAUGCACUUCAUUGCAAGAAGAAUACCUGCCAAAUAAGUGAAGAUGUUAAAUCGAAGCAGAAGAUUGUAGGCCUUUCUAGGGGCAGCAAGGCAAAAUCUAAGCAUGCAAAGAAAGUUAUUAGCAAGAAAAACCAAAGCAAAGCAAAACCUUUGUCGAGGUCGACUGAGGCAAAUACACCGACCGCAAAGACAUCGAAUUGGACGUUGGCAUUUUCCACAGUAGUUGUUCCAAGUAACAAGACAAAUCCUUUGCUAACAAGUGACUCUGAAUCUCAUUUUAAAGUAGAAAAGAAACACAAGUCGAUACUGUCGACAAAAAGUACUGCUAAAGUUUCCAAAAGUACUAGGAAAUCUCCUAGUAAACUUAAACAGACUGUAAUUAAAACUAAAGUUCAGCAAAAGCUGCAUAGAAAACAUUCGAAGAGGAGGGCAGGAUCGAAUAAGAAAGAUGCGGAGACCCGUUUUCAUAAAGAAAUUGUAAAUAGUACUUCUAGACGACUAACGAGAGACUACCCGUAUCAGUAUUAUCAGUAUCAGUAUCCUCCAUCAGACAAAUCGUAUACGACACAAGAAACCGACUGGAGGCGAGAUACAGUACCAUCAGCCGACCAAUCGUAUGCUGGAUACGACAGCAUUGAUAGGCAACCUUUAUUUACGACCCAGGAUGAUUUAGCAUCAGUCAACCAAGUUAGUCUUAGGGAGGGUGAUGCCGAUAGUCAAGGCAAUGGGAUAUUUUCAUUACCCAUUGCCAGCCUUGUACGUAGAACGGAAAUACCGGAAGGCACUCAUCACAUAUCCGCAGUAUCAAUAGUUAAUGACAUGCUCCCAGCUAGCAGGGCACAGAACCCGUACCUUACGGAUCGUGACACCAUUCCACUUUUAUCUUCAUCGGACGAUCGUCAAAGCACAGGAUAUAUUGCAAGCAACAACGGUGACGUUCAGGAUUCAUCGGACAGGACGAAGCUGUAUAGCCUGACAGGCUUACCUUCGCAGUAUCAAGUUUCAAAGCAGGGUCAGGCCUUUGCAGCUGAUUUAUCAAAGCAGUAUACUUCUUCUGAUGGACUGCCUCAAGCGAAUCUUGCGAUGUUUCCCGUUGGUCAAUCAGAUUCAGGUCUUACUAACUACAAGAAUUACGUUUCAAAUGCCACUGGAAUACCCUUAGGCCAGUACGCGCCUCUUGCCCCUUUGGCUGCGGGCAGCACUGAAGAUCAGUCUCCAACCAUGUCACCAGUUGUGAUUGGAUCAGAUCAAAGUAAUGUUAGUCCAUUGUCUCCGAAUAAUGCACAGAGUUUAUCAGGGAACCCCAAUAAUGCAACGGCUACAUCAUCAAUGGAGAUGGAUCUAACCGACCCAGGUCAUGCGCCAAACUCACCGGAAGCGUUCAAGGCUAACAUGAAAAAGCUGGCAAAUAUUUCUGCAUUAGCAAAUGUUUUGCCUUCAAAGGAAGUUGCCUCUGUCGCUGAUCUCUCGCCGAAUCUCUCAUCAUCUGCUAGCUACCAGCCCCCUACCAUUGUCACAGUUCCAGGAAACGCUGCAAGCUCUAUUUCUUUGUCUGCAACAACCAGUGAAGAAGUUAAGAGCCCUGGAAGCUCAUUGUAUGCAGCUUUGAGCGCAGAACAGAUCAAUCCAGCAUCCAGUAGUUCAAAAAAUCCACAAGCGACAAUAUUUCCUUCUACUUCAACAGUUGAGCAAACAUCCUCAGUUAAGGAUGACUAUUCAACGAAUUCGAAAGUCCAGAUAAAUGACAUUGAUGCACCGGUGCAAAAUGCUAUUCUUCCUUUUGGAGGGAAAAAGGACACUUUCACCGAGCCUCAGUCGGGAGAUGGACAAUUAACGACAGGUUGGAAUUUUACACAGAGGGGAAUGCAGGGAACUGGAGUCAACAUGGAUUUACCGUUUCCCACAAGAUUGAAGUUGCCAGAACCAUCCCAAAGCCUUGCUCAAGCGUUAUCAGGUUUGUCUAUGGCUGUUUCUAGCAGACCAAUUGCAGAAGUACCUUUAAUUGAACCUACAGUUCUACCUGCCAUUCCUGUUUUUACAUCGGCUUCAUCUACCAAGCAACUCACAGAGGUGCCUUAUUUCACAACCCGACUUGAAUCUGCUGUUACUCCCACCCCAACAGAACGAUCCGACACAGCAACGUCGACGACUAACUACGAAGCAACAGAAAAUCCAAUUUCUGUCCAUAACGUAGACAUCACAGGGUAUACUUCUUCAUGGUCCAAACUUUCUAUUGCUACUGUAAACAGUGAAAUUCUGUCAAAUGUCCCAACUGCUUUCGCAAAGACAACAUUACCGACAGAAACAGAAAAGCCGACGACGCCUCCAACUAUUACACAAAAACCGAGCAAUAUCAAAAACAACACUGUGACUGUUCCACAGUCAGGUACAAAUUUACAGAGAAACCAUACGACUAGCACAGACGAGGACGCUGUUUCAUAUACCGAGACUGUUCUCGCUGACAAAAAUCAGACUUACGAAAUCACCUCAGACUCUAACAUAGAGCCGACAGACAGAAUAAUGACAAAGAACAAAACAGCAGACCAACAGAUUUUGACCAGUGCAUUAACUACCAGAAACCAGACCAUUCAAUCUACUGCGGUCGGUCAUAUAUCGCCCGGUAGUCGUAUCCCACCGACCGAUCAGACAGGACAUUUGUCACCUAUUUCUAAACCAAAGUUAAAGCUUUCGGACAACGGCAACGUCAUUGUCUUGAACAAUAGUACACAUACCACCGAACGACCAGGGAUACAAAAGAUUUACGAGCAAUACCGACUUGAUGCAAAACGUAAAAAUAAGUUGAAAAAGCAGCGACGUAAAGUGUUUAAAAAGGGAAAUGGUUGCAACGAACCACUUGGUCUCUCCAAUGGCCUAGUACGAGAUUACCAAUUGACUUCAUCGUCCUAUCUGUCCCCUGAAUACGCUCCUGCAAAGGGGCGACUUGGCAUGCAGCAAGGUGGAGCCAAUGGUUGGUGUGCUGACCCCCGGUUGAAUAAUGUAACCCAGUACUUGCAAGUAGACUUUCAAAAAGUGCAGGAGGUUUGCCGAGUGGGGAUGCAGGGCCAUCAGAAUUUGAGAAAUUGGAUCUCACAUUAUAAAGUUUCAUUCUCAAUGGAUGGCAGGCAUUGGUCCAUUUACAAAGAAGGCGGUAAAGACAAGGUUAUUCAAGGAAAUAUUGCGCAGGAAGAUUGGACAUCGUACAGGCUCAUUCUUCCAAUUCGAACGCGUUUCAUUCGGAUCCUGCCGCAGACGUGGGAGGGCAACGCCAUUUGCACGCGUGUCGAGUUUUAUACACAAAAUCAACAAGGAGGUGAAGUGCUGUAUGGUCGAUCAAGUAUACCAAAUGCAAUGCAGAAUUUAAUUGACGAUCUUAGCUUCGAGAAAAUCGACAAUGAAAUAGUAUUUGAUAGUUCACCGAUGGGUAACAAUGCUUAUCUCAACAAAGGCGCGGCAGUUUACGAUACGCACGGAAAGUGUCGUCAUGCCGCGCGGAUUAUCGAGGGAUCUGAUAUUCUGCUUGAUGGAAGAAAUAUGCGGGUGAAACCGAGGGAAGCGAUCUCGAUUAGCGUUUGGAUUAGAAUGGACAAUACCGAAGGUGUUCAUUCGAUAUUUGAUACUAUAGGAGCGAACUCUAGGCAUGUUUUGGGGCAAUAUCAUUUUGAAAUUGUCGGUGGUGCGGUGCGAUGGUUCCAUCGCGAUGAAAAUGGUACUCAGAUCUUCUCCGCGAUUACAGAACCGAAUUUCGUAAGCCCGCGAGAAUGGAAUCAUCUUGUUGCGUCAUACGAUUCUCAAACUGGUGAAACAAAGAUCUACGUAAAUGGAAGCCGUGUGGCAGACACCAAAGGAAGUGGACUGCUAUCGCAAGACUGGGGUGGUCGCGUAGGCCUCGGCAGGCAUAAAGAUACACGUGAUCUUCAAGGUGACAUAGAUGAAUUCAGAAUCUAUAACGAGGCUAUACAGGGUGAAAAGAUUUUGGAAUUAUCACGGGAAUGCAACUUUGAUAAAUACUAUUGUGGCUCUGUGCUGACUGCUGAACGUGGGAUGCUUAUAACACCGGAUUACCCGUCGCUGCAUCACGGACCAGUUGAAUGUCUUUGGGAAAUUAAGGGUAUGCCGGGGGAGAUAGUUGCUAUCGAUGUGAAAGAGUUUGACAUUAACAACUGCAAUGCUUCAAGACUUGAAAUAAGGGACAGAGAUAAUGAUACAUUAAUUGGAAGCUACUGCGGUGGAGCAAAACCAGGGAGAAUCGAAUCCCAUGGUAACCAGAUGACAGUGAAAUUUAUAAGCACAGGAUCACGGGAAGGAGAGCGUUUCAAAAUAGAAUUUCAAAGAGAAAAGAAAAGGACUUCAAAGAAGACAAUGAGUAGCCUGUGCCGCAAUUCGGAUUUGUACCAAAAUGUCACACUGGUUGGAGGAUCUAAAGCUGGUACAUUCACGGACUUGGGACAUACCAAUGACAUGCGAGCAUGCCAAGAAAGAUGUUGCGACAAAGAAACCUGCGAAAUCGCUUUCAUGAUUGAGGGCAGCUGUUAUGGAGUUCGCUGUUACGACCAGAAUUUGUGCAAAAUCAGGAAGGCUAAGAAUACGAAACUCAAUCCCAUGCUUUCAUUUAUCACAAGAGUGGGAAUAACACCACGGAUUGUCCCUAUGUUUGCUGAAAAGCCGAAAGUUUCGGCACCAGUUGCUGCAUUGAAGGCUCCAAGCAAUGCAAUCAAUGUACAAACGAUCUCAAAAGAGGUUAAAAAGCCCGAUCUUCAACCCGCCAAGCCAAAGCGCAAGUGCCUGCGAGGUGAAGCACACCACAACGUGACAAUGGCUCGUGGCAUGAAGGCUGGCAAUUUCACUUCGCGUGGUGUUGUGGAUAAUUUUGAUACCUGCUUCGACAAAUGCUGCGAAGAUAUCCACUGUGAUGCAGCCUUCAUGGUGAAGAGAACCUGCUUCUCAAUAAGAUGUAACAACGCAGACUCGUGCAAAUUCAAGGCUGCGAGGCCAUCUGCCUUUAACCCGACUUUAGCAUACGUCAUAAAGGACCAGCCGAAACCAAAAGUGGAAACUACUGGGACGGCCAAGUCUGCUGUUAUUGAAUCAAACAGCUGUACGAAGUCACGGGUGUCAAAAAUCUAUCAAAAUGUCACACUUAGAGACGGAAUCAAUUCUGGUGAGUUCAUUGAUCGAGGCAGUGUUGGCACGAUGGAUGACUGUGUCAAGCAAUGCUGCGGAGAUGACAACUGCAACUUAGCCUUCAUCAUUAAGGAGACCUGUUUCACUGUUAAGUGUAAAAGCUACGAAUCGUGUUCUUUGAAAGCAGCUGUUUCUCAUUUCUAUAACCCAAAGAUUGCUUAUGUUAAUUGGAAUCCACCAAGGGAUAAUCUUGGAGAAGGCAAAAACAAGUAUGAUUACAAAGGAUGUUGGCGAGACUUUGACAUGUCAGCAUUUGCCAUUCCACUACUAGAAGGAACAGACCCACUUCUGACUGGCAUUUACAAGAAAAGAGACGACCCAGUUAAUGAUUGUGCCACUGUGUCCCAACAUCGUGGCUACUCAGUCUUUGCGAUACAAAAUGGUGGUGCCUGCUUCAGUGGGCCAAAAGCUGCUUCGUCCUAUAAAAGAUAUGGUCCCUCGGAAUCUUGUAAAGGAGGCCGCGGAGGCGCAUUUUCCAACAGUGUUUACAAGUUGUUCGACGAUGGAUCUGUUAUGAGCCUGGGCUGCUGGGCUGACUUGCAAGACCGUGCCUUUAAACGCAUGGAAAAGCUUGAUGCUGCCCUUCAAGAGCCAUAUCAAAACAGGGCUGCCCCAAUUGAUGUAUGUGCUACAGUUGCCAAGAAACAUAGUGCAAGUAUCUUUGCUUUGCAAAAAGGUGGUCAGUGCUUCAUUGGAAAGGGUAGUCCUGAUACAUAUCGGAGAUACGGUCCGUCUAGAAAAUGCAAGUAUGGCCUAGGAGGGCAAAUGGCAAAUGACGUGUAUAUAGUUAGAGGAGACAAUGCAAACACUGCUAAUGUGCAGACCCAAACUACAAAUGCAGUGAUGAAAAAUAGAACAGGAACUGAAGAAGGAGAUGGGCAACCGACACCCCAAAGUCCGUUGACAACACAACCACAAACUACCACGACUCCACCACCAACAACAACAAAAGCAACAACAUCGACAACAGUAACAACAACAGCAUCAUCGGCACCUUUGACAACAACAACAGCCCCAGUUGUUGAAACAACAACGCCAGCAGCCAUAACAACGACAAUUUCAGCCAAUACCGAAUCGAUGCCAGAAACCACUGUUCAGGCUACAGCAGCAUCAAAUGCCAACAUAAAGUCUGCGGACACUUCCACGUCGGUCAAUGAACAGUUACAGCCUGGUGAGGUUGUAUACAAAGAGCAACUAACAGACACGGAACAUAUCAAGUUCGUAUACUCAGCCGAUGCUGUAGUACCUAAUGUAACGUUAGCGGCCGGAAUCAAUUCUGGGACUUUCAUAGAUAAAGGAACAAUUGAGAAUAUGGAUGACUGUGUUAAAUCAUGUGGACAAACGAACAACUGUGAUAUUGCUUUUAAACUUGGUAAACAAUGCUUUGGAAUCACCUGUAAGGGUCCGGACAGUUGUCGAACGAAGCCGGCUUUCUCCGCUUUUUAUAAUCCGCAAAUUGCAAAAGUCAAACAUCGAACUAUCAAAACACCGAGAAGAAAAGAAGAAAUACAAACCGAUAGCAACCCAACACAACGCUCCCUAUGUAAAGCAAAGAACACGGUCAAUAAUGUCACCUUGGUUGACGGAAUCGGAGCUGGAAAUUUCACGGACUUAGGCCAUAUCACUGAUAUGGAUGAUUGUAUUUCACGAUGUUGCAGUGACUCUAAAUGCGAACUCGCUUUCCGAAUCGAGGAUGACUGCUACGGAGUCACUUGCUACAGCGAACAUUCUUGCAGGACACGUAGUGCUCGCAAUGCAAUCAGCCUGCGUCCAAUAAUAGCCUUUGUCAGAGAUGUCGGCAGCAGGCAGGUAUUGAUGCAAGAAAAUAGGGCAAAUAGUGGAGAGAAAAAGAGCUCAAAAUCGUCAUCCAAUAAGGGAGCAACUUGCAGCUCUGAGGUUUGGGAAGGUGAACGACUUGAGAAUAUGACGUUGGUCGGAGGAGUCAGCGCUGGAGAGUUUACAGAUCACGGCCAAACGGACACGUUCGAUGAAUGCAUGGGCUAUUGUUGUGGAAGCAAAGAUUGUGAUUUGGCAUUUAUGAUCGACAACGACUGUUACGGUGUUCGCUGUAAAGAUCCAUCUAUGUGCAAAACACGGCCAGCAAGGCCCACUAAGUACAGGCCGAUAAUAGCGUUCAAGAAGUCGUCUGCAACAGGUAUUGGUGUAGCAGUGCAACCGGUAGUCCCUAUUGUUAAGACAAUGUUUAAAGACCGGACGACCAUUCAAGACAAUAUAGACGACACAACCUUUGCAGUUAGAGCAUACUACUCACCACUGACUACUAACUCACCUAACUCACUAACGACUGCAACGACAACAGCUAAGACAACUAUGACUGUCAUACCUAGACCGCCAGGUACGACACCUGGAUUUUCGUCCACUCUCGUCAAAUCCAAAUCAUCCGCAACGCCAACGUUUGGAGAUCCAUCGAAAAAGCAUUCAUGUGAAGCAGGAUCAAUUACCUAUAACGCAACAUUGAAGAUGGGAAUGCACUCUGGUCUAUUUACAAAGUUAGGCCAUGUAAAUAAAAUGGACGACUGCAUCGAGCGCUGCUGCAGAUCUUCAAACGCUGAUGUUGCAUUCAUGCUUGGAUCUGUCUGCUUUGCUGUGAAAUGUUACAGCCCUGAGCUCUGUAAAGUCGCCCCUGCUAUGAUAUCAAAUAUUGGCAACCUGAACAUGAAUCCAACGCUGUCAUUCUUGAAGAAGAAGGAGACCGCAAUGACUGUUGGAAAUGAUAACAAUGAUAUUGACGUCAUAAUCGACGAGAUUACUGACAAAGGCGACGAACAGAACGCUAACAAACUCGCUAGUAGUGCUAAUAGCAGCCUUUUGACUAACCUAGCAAAUAUAUCAACCGCCUGGGAAGUUCAUGAUCGUAUUCGACCAAAUCCACCUCGCCCAGGUAAUCAAACACGUGCAGUUAUAUCUGAUGAGCUGAAGAACUUCAGUGCUGCAAAGGAAGAAUCAAAAGAGGUUUGCAAGGACAGUCCAAUCACAUACAAUGUCACUCUUAAAGGAGGGAUUCAUGCAGGUAAUUUUACCAAUCAAGGAGAAGGCCUAACAGCUAGAGAGUGUAUUGGUAAAUGUUGCGAAAAGAAAUCUUGUGAUUUGGCCUUCAUGUUUGCUGACCUCUGCUAUUCGGUUGAAUGCAAGAAUGAGCAAGACUGCCAAGCUGUUGUAGCCAAACCCUCACGUUUGGAUCCUAAGAUUUCUUUUGUGAGCCGGAAUAGAUUGCCCUAUGACGUUGGCACUAUGUUUGACGUCAGCACAACCGUCAAUGAAGAUGAGAAAGACAUCUGCGACGAGGCAAAAUUAUCAAAAAGCCCGAUUAUGAAUAACAAGACACUCGCUGGUGGGCUUAAAGCUGGAAAUUUCACCUACUUGGGAAGAACAAGAGACAUGAAGCAAUGCCUUGGCAAGUGUUGCAGCUCCAGAAAAUGCGAUGUUGCCUACAGAAUCGAUAACGACUGCUUCUCUGUCAAAUGUUUCUCUCCCGAUUUAUGCAAGGUAGCAGACACACCAGCGAAGAAUGGAUUUGUUCAAAUUGCUACGUUAACGCCAGUUGACAGGCACAAGCUUAACACAAGGUCGAUUGCCGUUUAUGUGAUGCUCGGAUGUGUAAUUUUUACGGUUGUUAUUAGUGGCAUUGGCAUGGCUCUCUGUGGCUGGCUCAAAAGCAAGCGUAUGAAGUCGCAGCACCAGCAGACAGACGCAACUCCCAUGCCGGACAGGUGACAAUAACAGCGAAAAGGGACAGUGGAAAAAGCUUGGACGGAAUCUAGAAGAAAUAUGUAGAAAGAAAUAUUUUUAACUAUAUAACUUGAAGGUUGAUUUUCCGCCAGGUGGAUAACGCUAUUAAGAAAGGUUGAUCCUUGACGAGAUCGUUUACAAAGAUCGGCGGAUCGCUAUCGCGAUGGCUGCACACAAGGAAAAAUCACCUGGGUUAACCUGUGAAGAUGUUCUCCAAAGUUAUUUCGCCACAAACGGAAGUCGUGCCCACAACCGAUGAGACGUUCUCCCGACCUGAACAUCGUACCUUUCACAUUGUCAUGAGGAUGAGUCGUUAGAACUCUCUUCAACAUAUGAACUUUAAUUUGACAAGCAAGGUAGCAUAGCAGUUUCCUUGCGGAUUGGAUAAGAGAACAGAAAGCAGUAACGAUACGAUUUAGUUAUUUUUUGCAAACAAGCCUGUUGGUGCUAUCUUGUUUCGACACUUGCGUCUAGAAUGCAGCUUUGACAUUAACCAGCAUGUUAUUAAGUUUCAUAUAAUGUGUUUUAACGCGACGAAUAAACUGUUUAUGAAGUUUUUAUCAUCUUAGACAUGAUGUAACAGGUAUGUGAAAAAUCAUACAAGCCUUCUAAGUCGCUUGGGUACUUAAUGAUCAUAAUCAUCAUUCCUUUAAAAAGGCGACAAAACUACGUUUUGAACUCUACUUGCAAAGCAUAUUGCACCCUCCUUUACUACCUUAUUUCAGCAAUCUUGUUGCCCUGUGAUGUUUAAGCCGGGGGCCAGCUCGAUCUGUUACAAAGCACGGCCCUUUGCUGCACGAUGUGCAAUUUUUCAAGACCCUUUGAAUGCUUGCUAAUUCGGCCUUCCAAUUCUAGACCCUUGGGAUUUGCAAAACUUGCAUUUUCAGGAAAUAUUUACUCUUUGUUUUGAGUUACAUUUCGAGUCUUAGCUUUGUCGCUUGGAAACAAAGAUAUUUUGUCUAUGUAUUGAAAUUUAUUCAUGUACCAAGCGAUCUAAUGGUUAGGCCACCCCACACUUCAACGUUGAAUUUCAUGUCAUACAACGCUCAUUUUAAAGACGUAAGUAAUGCGACAAUUUGUUUUUAAAUUACUCUGACAAAGUUAAGUUUUAACACUGCUCUAUUUUGUACUCCACACAUCAAACUUUAUUGUUGAUAAAGAUUUAAUUCACGAACGACUUCGCCCAGAAAACCUUCUUACAGAAAAUAAGGAUCUUCGUCUCCUCAGCUUGUGUUUAUGUUCCCUCUAGGACAUGUUACGAAAAUGCUUAAUCUGAAACUGCUCAGUUUUAUAUCGAAAUAAAAUGGUUAAAUGAUCAAUUGUGCAAUGUGUCUGACUGGUUUUGAUGCAAUAACUCAUUCAUUAUCAACUCGGCCCUUUUUAGAUUAUCUCAGAAUCCCCUUAACUAUCCUUAGGUUAUCCUUAGCACCAGCGUAAAUAUCGAAAGAGUUGACGAAGAUUUUUAUUUAUGACUUGCCAAUUCGACGCAGGCAUAGAGCUAAAAGUUUUGUAAAUAAUUGUAGACAUAGCAUUAGGUUGUAAUAUAUGAUUUAAAAAAUAAAUACAUCUUUUGUGAUUUCAUGUUGUGAUUAAAUGAAA